CACCUUUUCUUCUUCUUCCUUCCUUCGCGGUAUUUAUUCAGUCGAAAAAGAAAAAGAAAGGAACGCCAAUUUCUUUCUCUUUCGUGUGCACGCGAGUGCGUCAAUCAACAAGGGAAGUCAUUCGGGCGAUUUGCCUAACGUCGAAUUGGUUUGCCUGCAACGAUCGCCGUCGCCGCCUUUCCCGUCUCCUCUUGGCGGACGCGGAGUUGGUUCUUGAUUUGGUGCUGCUGUGGUGUAUCUCAACCAUGAGCUUGGCAUGUCUUGUGUGUCAUAGCAUGGAUAGCCCAUCACGAUCUUUCAGGAGCUACUCUGUUUCAAGUUCAGAAGAUGAAGGGCAAUGUGCUGCAGUUGUUUCCUGCUUGACUCGGAAGGUAACCAUCGCUGCCACGGGCAGAGCCAACGCCAUAUCAACAUCCAAAGUGACACCAUUCCCCCUGAUGGCAAGCAGGCAAGGGAUGGGAGAAACCCCACGCCUUCUACGAAGCCGGGCUGUGAGUAGGGACCUAGUUAGAGACUGGAACUUCGAUCAAGUUCAUGUGGAGGGGUAGAGGUGUAAGAGAUCAUAACGGUCGUAAGAGGGAGAGAUUGUUAGCUUGGCCACUGGGGUGGCCGCCGUUGUAUAUUUUGCUUCAUCCACUGCAUUUCUAGUACACUUUUUUAUGGUUAGUUCUACAAGUCUCCAUGAGCAAAUUGGCCAUCAUAAAGUAUUUUGCUUGCGCUAGUUGCUUGCUUUCUUAUGGUUCAUGUACUCAACAUCCGAAAAAUGGAACUUGUGUUGCUGUCU